GUUCCUCAGCCGCUCCCUCAGCCGCCACCUCCCAGCCAGCCAUGUCCCUCCAGGUUGUUGUCGUCGCACUGCUGUCCCUCGUGGCGGCCGGCGCCCACGCCCUCCCCAGCAACCUGCCAUCUUACCACGCCCCCGCACCCUCCUACCAUACCCCCAGGCCGACCUAUGCACCCAAGCCAUCCUACGCUCCCAAGCCUUCCUACCACGCCCCCGCCCAGUAUGCUGAUGCCCACCCGCAGUACAACAGCCAGUACGCCGUGAAGGACGACUACGCCGGCCUUAACUUCGGCGCCCAGGAGGCCCGCGACGGCUACGACACCCAGGGCUCCUACAGCGUGCUGCUGCCCGACGGCCGCCUCCAGACCGUCAACUACUACGUGAACGGCGACUCCGGCUACGUGGCCGAGGUCACCUACGAGGGCGAGGCGCAGUACCCCGCACAGGGAUACGGACACCAGCCUUCCUACGGCCACGCUCCCGCCCCAUCCUACUCCCCAAGACCAUCCUACGGCUACUCCCCCAAGCCAUCCUAUGGCCACCACUGAACCCCAUCCCACCAUGCAGGUCGCUCCGCCCCAAACUGAAAUACUCACUCCCCGCGGGGCGGCCACUGGACCCCCAGGGCGCGGCAACACCCCUUCCUCUCACUCACCCUAAAUCCUCAUCCCUCACUUCACGCAUCCCCCCCCCUCCCCCCCCUCACUCUUCACGCUACUUCAUCCUGGAUAUGUAAACUUCUGUAAUUAAUAAACGAGCUGAGUGA